UCAUCCCAUUGCAUAAAAAAAGAAGCGACACACCUCACCUCAUAGUUCCGCUUGAAGGUAGGAAGAUACGCACGUCUGUUUGAAAGGAGGUUCACAAAGCAGAUCAACCAGAGUUGAGCAUUAAAAGGCACGAUGAGAACCCUACGAACGCUGUUGGUUUUUGCUGGUCUUGCUUUGCUGGCGUUUGCGAGUGAUGCGGCAGACAACGAAAUGGAAAGUGAUGUAGACACCGACUGCAUACAGCGUACAUUGUUGGAUCCUUCAAGCGAUGUUAAUGAUGCCUUCAGGAAAUGCGAUGGUGCUAAGGAUUCAAAUGCUGCGGAGGAAUCUCAAACUGCUGGAAAUGAUGAUCUGAAAGACCUUGAUGAAGAUUCUGAACAUACCGAGAUGACCAGCAGAGAAGAUUCGGACGGCAGCCCUGUGGCCGAAGAACAGGACACCGUAGCAUCGGCAGAAAAUGCUCCACGAUGGUCUACUAGAAGGCGCCGAUCAGUUCGUACGCGCCGAUCAGUCCGCAGACGUAGAUCAGUUCGCAGACGCCGAUCAGUCCGCAGACGUCGAUCAGUCCGUAGACGGCGAGCAGUUCGAAGACGCCGAGCAGUCCGUAGACGGCGAGCAGUCCGAAGACGCCGAGCAGUCCGAAGACGCCGAGCAGUCCGAAGACGCCGAGCAGUCCGAAGACGCCGAGCAGUCCGAAGACGCCGAGCAGUCCGAAGACGCCGAGCAGUUCGCAGACGCCGAACAAUUCGCAGACGCAGUAAGUGA